AUGGCAGCGCCGAGCACAGAAACGCUCAAGAUCUCUGACGGCACCACCAUGGAAAUCACCCGGCUGCCCGACAUUGAUGAUGCAACCUGGGCCGAGGUGAAGCAAUACGUGGAGAGUAAUCCCGAAACUGCAAAAUCUCUGCAGAACUUCGCCAAAAAUCCGGAGGCGAUGCGUGGUUGGCUUCAGACGCAGGCAAUUGCAGAGCACUACAACACGAAGAUCACCAGCGGAGAUGCCCCUGUCCAGGAUCGCGUCAAAUCGCUGGAACAGGAUCCCGAGCUGACAGCCAUGUUCGAGGACAUCAAGAAGAAUGGCAUGGAAGCUGCCAUGAAGUACUACCAGGACGAGGAGCUGAUGCUGAAAAUCUCCCAGAAGAUGGGAGGGCUUCCGGCUGAUCUUCAGCCGGUUCUGAGGAAGAUCGAGGAGACUCCCCUCACGCUCCAUGAGGCAGCCAAGAAUGGUGACCUCAAAGCUGUGCAGGACUUUCUGCAGAAGAAAAAGCCCUUGGACUCCCAGGACCACAAGGGCAUCACGGCUCUCGGCUAUGCAAUCGGCUCCAACCGCAUUGCAGUGGUGAAGCUGCUGCUCGAUAGCAGGGCGAAUCCAUUUGCAGUCGACAGCAAUGGCAACAGUGGGCUCCACUAUGCUGCUGGCUAUGGCCGCAAAGAGCUCCUGGAGUAUCUCCUCAAGGUGGGCAUCAACAUGAACCAGCGCAACGCGCAGGGCCAGACGCCACUGGCGGUGGCGCAGCUUAACAAGCAGGAGGCCACCGUUCAACUUCUUGCAGCCCACGGUGCACAGGCAUAA